AUGCUCUUCAGGAGCGUAUGUGGCGGUGAUGUGGAGAAGGCGGAGCUUGUUGAGCAGGUGGAGCAACGAGAGGUUACCAUUGGACAGCUCUCUGGAGAGACUGAGACCAUUGGAGAGUACGUAAUGCUGUACCAGGCCCAGAGAGAGGCUCUGAGGGCAAAGUUCAAAGAAAAAGACAAUUUCAUUCAGCAGCUUGUCUCAGAGAAGGAGGCAGUGCAGGCUCAGUUGUCAGAGGUACAGACACUCAUGAAACAGCUGGUGACUGGCAGAACUCGUGAGAACAGACCAACCACCUCACAUGAAGCUCCUUCUCCUCCACCCCCUCCCCCAUCUCCCUCAUCACUCCCCCUCCAUCUCCGCCAAUUCACACGUGCUCAUCGCAUCACACCCUCCCCUCCUCCUCCUCCCCUCACACCUCAACUGAGACAGUGGACCGUAUAUUCCAGCUUCUGUCAGUGAUUGGUGAGGGUGUGGAGAGGGGGAAGAGUGAGGUGGUGCCUUGUGCCUGCUGUACCGGUGAUGUCAUCUCUGUAUAAACCUUCAUUAAUGAAAACUGUCACAUGUUCUCCAUCAUUAAUAAACCUUCAUCUUCAAUUUGUAAAGAAUGACUUUAACAAGUGAAGC